CACCUUGCUUCUCUCUCCAUCUCUUUAAGACAGUGUAAGUGUGUAAUACAAGCAAGUAUUUCUCUUACAUAUUCUCUCAUUUCUCACCCAACUUCUCCUUUUUAUUAGUCUUCCCAACAUCAUCCCAAUAUCACACUCUCUUAAAACCCUUAAUUAGUUUUCAAACCAAUGGGAAAGCUCCAGAAGAUUGGGAGAGUAUGGGAUUGUCUUUUUCUUCCGACAAAUCAGUGUUCAUGUUUUUGUCUAAACACUCUAGGAGAUGAAGAAGAAGAGUUUGAGAAAGAGCCAUUGAUAGAUUCUUCAACAGAGAAAUCUGGGAAAGUCAUGAGGUUAAAAGAUGUUGUAGCUGCUGAUCAUCGUCAGACUCUUGCCUUUCAUCUUAAGCCUAAGAUAGUGGAGCUAAAGGUGUCAAUGCAUUGCUACGGAUGUGCGAAGAAAGUCGAGAAGCAUAUUUCUAAAUUAGACGGAGUGACAUGGUACAAAGUGGAGCUAGAGAGCAAGAAGGUGGUGGUGAAAGGGAACAUAUUGCCGGUAGAUGUGUUAGAGAGUAUUUGUAAAGUCAAGAAUGCUCAGCUUUGGUCUUCUCCUUGAAUCACUCUUUUCUUUCCACAUGGGCCUUUCAUGUCAAUCUCCAUCUUUCAUGUUAUAUUAUUGUCAUUAUCUAAUUUUGCGUACAUACACAUGCAUGCAUCUAUUUUCUCUGAAUCUCUAAUCUAUAUCCCUUUUUUGUUUUGUUCAAUUCCACUCUAUUUUGUAACAUUUUGAAUCUAUCUCGUUUGUCAUAUAUACAAAUUAGUGGGGAUGCUUUUCUUUUCUCCAUACAUUCAAAACGAUAAUAAUCAUAUGACGAACACUUCACUGAAAU